UAAAGGGCUAAUUCCAAAUUCCAGAAGCCAUCUGCAAGUGUGAAUGUCAUAAGACUUAAAAAUGAGACGAGACUGACUGGCUGGUGGUUACAUAUGCCAAAAGAACUGCCAUCAAAUUUCUCUGUCAGAAAACGUAAAAAAAAGAAAAACAAAAAAAGUUUGAUUGUCCAAGUCUUCCAUUCUUCUUCCUCUUCUACUUCUUCUUCAACUUCUUCUUCAUCUCCUCUCAGCCGUUAAUAAAUAGACCCUAAAAGAAAAUGCGUAUAACAAAACGCGUUUGACCUUGUAAAACCCGUCUACCAUAAAACCCAAAGUAUACAAGAAUAAUAAGGAACAAUCUUCCAUUUUAUUUUCUACAAAAUCAAACUUGGCAGCAACUCUGACAAGAAUUAAUCCAAAAAUAAAGAUAACCCAAAUACAAAUCCAGCUCAUCUCUCACCCACUCUAAUCUCUCUCUAUCAUCUCCACCAAUCAAGCAGCUAUGAUUUUUCCUUUUUAAUUCCCUUUCUUGCUUUUUCUUGAUCUGAUCAUCAUUUUAUACAUCUUUUUAUCAAAAUUCCUCUUCUGGGUUCUCUUCCUUUUUUGCAGUUUUAUUCUUUUUUUCUUUUUGUGUUGUGUCCGCCAUGGCGGACUUGGUGAAACAAAUAUUGGCAAGGCCUAUACAGUUGGCUGACCAAGUAAUCAAAUCAGCAGAUGAAGCCAGUUCUUUCAAGCAAGAAUGCGCUGAACUGAAAUCUAAGACUGAAAAGCUGGCUACUUUACUCCGACAAGCCGCUCGUGCCAGUCCCGAUCUGUACGAACGACCCACUCGCCGGAUCAUCGAGGAUACAGAACAAGUUCUUGAUAAAGCCCUUACCUUGGUUCAAAAAUGCCGCGCCAACGGCCUUAUGAAACGCGUUUUCACUAUAAUCCCAGCAGCCGCUUUUCGAAAAAUGUCUUCCCAGUUGGAGAAUUCAAUCGGUGAUGUCUCUUGGCUUUUAAGGGUAUCGGCUUCGGCUGAUGAGCGUGAUGAUGAGUACUUGGGUUUGCCUCCAAUCGCUGCUAAUGAGCCAAUUCUUUGCCUUAUUUGGGAACAGAUUGCCAUUCUUUCUACUGGGUCUUUGGAUGAUAGAUCUGAUGCUGCUGCUUCGCUUGUUUCGCUUGCUAGAGAUAAUGAUCGCUAUGGUAAGUUGAUUCUUGAAGAAGGAGGGGUUCUGCCUUUGUUGAAAUUGGUCAAAGAAGGUAAAAUGGAAGGUCAAGAAAACGCUGCGAGAGCAAUUGGGUUACUUGGUCGUGACCCGGAAAGUGUUGAAUACAUGAUUCAAACAGGUGUUUGUACUGUGUUUGCGAAAAUACUCAAAGAAGGUCCCAUGAAAGUUCAGGCGGUUGUUGCUUGGGCUGUCUCUGAACUUGCUGCCAAUUAUCCUAAAUGUCAAGAUCUUUUUGCUCAGCAUAAUAUAAUUCGGUUGCUUGUUGGUCAUCUUGCGUUUGAGACAGUUCAAGAGCAUAGUAAGUAUGCUAUUGCUAGCCAUAAGGCUAUUUCGAUCCAUGCUGUUGUGUUGGCGAGUAAUAAUUCAACCAAUGUUGCUAGUGAUAUGAAUAAGGUAGUAUCAGCAGCUACUGAUGAUGAUCAUAGCCGUAUUCCUCAUCCUAUGGGUAAUCAGACUCCAAAUCAGUUGCACAAUGUGGUUACCAAUACUAUGGCUGCUAAUGCAGCCUCCAAGGCGCCACAGCGACUUAAUAGUAAUGGGGCAAAUGUGAAGAGCAAUAGCAAUGGAUUCAAUGGUUUGAAGCAGAAUCAUCAGCAGAAUCAUUCACUUUCUGGGGUUAGCUUGAAGGGCAGGGAACUGGAAGACCCUGCUACUAAGGCCAACAUGAAAGCAAUGGCAGCCAGAGCACUUUGGCAUCUUGCCAAGGGAAAUUCUCCUAUUUGUCGCAACAUAACUGAAUCAAGAGCACUCUUGUGCUUUGCAGUUCUUUUAGAGAAGGGACCUGAAGAUGUUCAGUUCCAUUCGGCUAUGGCAUUGAUGGAAAUCACAGCAGUAGCAGAGAAAGAUGCUGAUUUAAGAAGAUCAGCAUUCAAGCCUAAUUCACCUGCUUGCAAAGCUGUCAUUGAUCAACUGCUCAAGAUCAUUGAAAAGGCUGAUUCCGACCUCCUUUUACCUUGUAUCAAGGCUAUUGGGAAUCUAGCAAGAACAUUUCGAGCUACAGAGACUAGGAUGAUUGCCCCAUUGGUUAAACUACUAGACGAAAGAGAAGCCGAGAUUUCUAGGGAGGCUUCAAUUGCCCUUACAAAGUUUGCCUGUACAGAGAACUAUCUCCACUUCGAUCAUUCCAAGGCAAUCAUACAAGCUGGAGGGGCAAAGCAUCUAAUCCAGCUUGUGUACUUUGGUGAACAUAUUGUUCAACUGUCAGCACUGCUUCUGCUAUGCUACAUUGCUCGGCAUGUCCCAGAUAGUGAAGAGCUUGCGCAGGCUGAGGUGCUUACGGUGCUAGAAUGGGCAUCCAAGCAAUCUUUUGUGACUCAAGAUGAAAUGUUUGAUUCACUGCUUCCAGAUGCUAAAAGUAGACUGGAGCUUUAUCAGUCAAGAGGUUCAAGGGGAUUCCAUUGAUUGUAUCAAAUAUUUAUCUACUCUUAGUAUGUUUUUGCAUAUAAAUUUAUUGUUUAUUUCUUUCUUUCCAUUUUAAGUUACUGUCAUCUUGAUGGAGUGUACAUACAAUUAGUUCUCUUCUAUGAUUGUUGCCAAGUAUCUUGCUCUUUGCUUAGCUGCAAGUUCAGUCUAUGGUUUUAUUCUUCGUUCC